CGAGACGGGAGCUACCUACCUACUUACCAUCGGCCGCUAUGGCGAGCUUCAUCCAGAAUAAUUAUGCGGCGUUUGUUCCCAGCUGUUCAUCCUCUGCCCUCUGCCUGUGCUCUCUCUCGCUGUCUCUCGCCCGAGCUGUUCUCUCGUGCUGCUUGGCCCAACGAUAGUCCGCCCCCCCUUAUAUAGACUGUGGUCUUCGCUCUUCCGUCGAAGCAUCCGCGUCUCGUCUUCUCCAUCCUCCCUUCCAAACCCUUUCAGCCCCUCCUCCACCAACCCAAAAAUCUUAGCCAUUGAAACCAAAAAGACGCGACCAACAUGGAGCCUCUCAACGUCUUGAUGGUCGGUACUGGAGAGUACACCACCGGCUUUGUCGGCGGCGGUGCCUCUGGCUCGGAUAAGAAGGUCGGUGUCGUCGGUCUCACCCUCUUCGACCUUAGGAGGAGAGGCAAGGUCAACCAGCUGGGCAUGGUUGGCGUCAAUGGCACCAAGUUCCCCGCCAUCAGGGAACACCUCGACAAGAACAUCACCCAGGUCUACAACGGCCUGGACACGUCGUUCGACUCGUACCCCGCCAACGACAAGAAGGACCCCGACUCGUACAAGACGGCCAUCGACGCCCUCAAGGCGGGCGACGCCAUCACCAUCUUCACCCCCGACACCACCCACUACCCUAUCGCCCUCUACGCCAUCGAGCGCGGCAUCCACGUGCUGCUGACCAAGCCCGCUGUCAAGGACCUCGAGCACCACCAGGCCCUCAUCGAAGCCGCCGAGAAGAAGGGCGUCUACGUCUUCAUCGAGCACCACAAGCGCUUCGACCCCGCCUACUCAGACGCCCGCUUCAAGGCCCAGAAGCUCGGCGACUUCAACUACUUCUACAGCUACAUGUCCCAGCCCAAGUCCCAGCUCGAGACCUUCAAGGCCUGGGCCGGCAAGGAAUCGGACAUCUCGUACUACCUCAACAGCCACCACGUCGACAUCUGCGACUCCAUGGUCACCCAGCUCGGCUUCGUGCCCGUCAAGGUCUCGGCCUCGGCCUCCAAGGGCAUCGCCACGAGCCUCGGCUGCGAUCCGGUCACCGAGGACACCAUCUCGGUCCUCGUCCACUGGGAGAAGACGGGCGACCCCAGCAAGAAGGCCACGGGCGUCUACACGGCCAGCUGGACCGCGCCCCAGCGCGCCGGCGUCCACUCGAACCAGUACUUCCACUACCUCGCCGCCAACGGCGAGAUUCGGGUCGACCAGGCCAAGCGCGGCUACGACGUCGCCGACGACUCGGCCGGCCAGCUCAUGUGGUACAACCCUUUCUACAUGCGCUACGCCCCCGACGAGGAUGGCAACUUCAACGGUCAGACCGGCUACGGCUACAUUUCGCUCGAGAAGUUCGUCGACGGCUGCAGGCAGGUCAACGCCGGCCAGCUCAAGCCUAAGGACCUCGACGCUAAGGGCCUGCCGACCCUCAAGAACACCAUCGCCACCACCGCCAUCCUCCACGCCGGCCGCAAGAGCAUCGACGAGGACCGCGAGAUCAAGAUCGAGAUCAAUGACGGCGUCUGGAAGCUGGUGUGAGGGCUCUCUGUUGCGGGCGGGGCAGCAAAGUUGACGCGUGACGACCUGUAGAUAUCCAUAGGGCUCAUAUACCAUCUGCUUUUGACGUUGAAAUGAAACUGGACAUGACACAAGAGCCGAAGCCACCGUGGCUGCCGCUAUUCGAUGCGUGACAUCAGCCACAAUAUCAGCAGAUCCCAGAAGAGUUUAUUUAAACCGUACAAUAAAUACAUGCGUCGAGAUGUCUAAGCAGGUGUAGUAUAGUCAUGGAGUGUAUUGCGUAAGGGGCGCACGCAGAAACAAAUAUCCAUGUAAGGAUUGACAGCUCCGGCGUCGUUGAGUGGGACAGGGCCGGGGUAGGGCCGACCAAUGUCUCGGAC